UGCAAAAUUACUGUUAAUGAAUACGCCGUAUCCAAUCAAAUAAACGGAAGCGGCUUUAAAUUUACCGGCCGAGAGAGGAGCAUUGAUUUGAUCUUCUAGGUAAGUGAUCGCAUGACUGUAAUGGACGACUACAGUAGACGUUCAGGAGCUUGAAGUGACAGGAGACACUCUACUCCAUCCGAUUACUCGCAAGCACAAGUACUCACAGACCAGCAUUUUAAAGUGAGCCAUGUCCGUCAUCCCGCCACUUAUAGGGUAUACAAACGAUAACAGUACAAGCCUUUUCAGUGCUUGUUCGAGUACAGAAGCGAUCGGAACUCCACCACUGGCUUGUGGCGAUAACACACGCUGUGUACGGAAUCCGCUGCUGUUCACGUUUAUAGUCGGCUCCCCUCAGGCGUGUCUCUGCCCGCUGACCACUGUACCCUUGCCGAAUGGAACGUGCCAGAACAUUCAAGGAUCAUCCUGCCAAAAUGACCAAGACUGCAACACGAAGACCUUUGAUUGCAUUGGUUUAAACAGUCUAGGAUUGCCGCAGAUUUUCGUUGAAUUUUUUACGCCUAUCGUGCUGUUGUUGUGUCAGCUAACGGUGGAAUACAAUUUCCAAGUACCUCAAUGGGCAUGCGUAGAAGACUCGUGCAACCUGGUGGGAACUGGGGCGUUGUCGAUAACACCUGGUCUGGUGCCGCCACCUGGGAGACGAAAACGAGAAGUGUCCAACCCACCUGAAACUUCUGAGGGAGACCAAGGUUCCCGGUUGAAGGCGGUGCUGUCUAGGAAAACUAGAAGCGAAGCCAAAAGUUCCAUGAGAGAGGAGUUUCUGUCCAUGGAUAAUGCUAAAUCAAGGGAAAAACGUGCCCCGCUUCCAACUGUGGCCUGCACGCUCGAUCGCCUUGCAUGGAACGUUAUAUUGAACAUAUUUGCCUUAGGAAACCCAGCAAAUCAGCUGGAUUAUUCCUGUGCUCCUAUCACCCAAUGUAAAAAAAAAAGAUCAUUACAAGCAACAGCAUGUUAGAGCUUAGUACAUUAAUUGUGUGGACAUUAUGUCACAAUUAUGUAAUAAACAUACCUCACUUGGAUCUUUUUUGA